UUUUCUUUUUUUUCUAUUUUCAUGAGUGUCUGCUUUUGAAACUCUUUAUAACAAAAAAAAAAAAAAUGUUUCGGUUAACCAUAAUAUUUGGAUUUCUUAUUAUGAUUUUUCCAUAUGCAUAUUUCUCUUUUCCACUUUCACCAACUUCUCCGGUUUCUACACUUAAAACGAGACAAGUAACUGGAUGUAAUACUACUUUUACGAAAUCACCAUAUAGUAAUCCAAAAACUAUCACAACUAGCGAUGGUAACGUUCAUAGUCAACCAUGUAUGGGAUCACCUGUGAUUUGUUAUUUUAAAGAUGAUGUAAAAUACACAAUAACUCAAUAUGUUACUGACGGUGAAUGUGUGAGUGGUUUUUCUUCCAUAUGGUUUUAUGUUAUUGCACAAUGUGAAGGUUAUAUUUGGGGUGGUACAACUAGUUAUGAAGUUCAAAAAUGUUCUAUAUAACAAUGGUUUUGGUUUCUUUAUAUUAUUUAUUAGAAUAUAAAAAAAUUAUUUACCUGUCUAUACUUUUUCAGGUUAAUAUAUAUAUUUGUAAGUAAAUUUUUUUUUUUUUUUUU